GCUGACGUCACACCCACAAGCCGGAAACUGGCCCCGGGACCAUAGGUACCCGGAUGGAGCGAGGUCGGAGGCUUUUCGCUGAUUUUCUCCUUCUCCCGCCCAUUGAGCGUCAGCUUCAGCUCCCCACCUUCUGUGUCCCAGUGCGGGUCUGGCAUUUGUGUCCAAUUGUCACUUUCCGUUCCCAUUAGCUAUGGUCGACCUGAGCCGCAACUGUCGGCAGUGAAAAUCCCUGGAAAUGUCCUCCAGCAAAGGCGAGGAGAGCGCGGGGUUACCCAGUGAAGUGGAGGACGUGGAAAUGGACGGAGAAACCGUUAGUUCCACGGACCUCUCGGAGAUCUUGAAGGAAGGAACAAAAGAGUCUCAUGAUCGAGCAGAGAACACUCAGUUUGUGAAGAAGUUCCUGAAAGGCAAGAUUCGGCGAGAACUGUUUGAGUUGAGCACUGUCGCCCUCUACUUCACCUACUCCGCCCUGGAGGAGGAGAUGGAUAAAAAUGCACAACACCCUGGCUUUGCUCCUCUUUACUUCCCGCUCGAACUGCACCGCAAGGAUGCUAUAGCCAAGGACCUGGAGUACUUCUAUGGAACAGAUUGGCAGGACAAGAUCAAGUGUUCAGAGGCCACAGCAAGAUAUGUAGAGCGGAUCCAUCACGUUGGGGAAUAUGAACCCGAGCUGCUGGCAGCACAUGCCUACACCCGCUACAUGGGCGAUCUGUCAGGGGGUCAGGUGCUGAAGAAAGUGGCGCAGAGAGCCUUGUGCUUGCCCAGCACUGGAGAAGGCGUGCAAUUCUAUAUCUUCGACAACAUUUCCAACCCUGCUCGCUUCAAGCAGCUGUACCGAUCACGGUUGAACACUCUGGAGACCAGCAGGGAGAUCAGGGAGAGGAUUGUGGAGGAGGCUAACCGAGCCUUUUGCUUCAACAUGGAGGUUUUUGAGGAAUUAGAUAAGUUUGGAAAAACCCUGGGGGAAGUGGUGCAGGCACCUGGAGUCCGGCUCCAUGAUGGGAAAGGAGAUGCCCGGAAGUGCCCAUUCUAUUCUGAAAAAGGCAAUGAUGAAAUGGGGUGCCCGCUACACUCUGUGGUGGCUGUGGUGCAGAGCUGUGCUUUCCAGCUGGUGCUAGCUGUUCUUCUGGCACUCACUGCUGGCUGGUAUCUGCUGUGAUGUUUACUGCCAUAGACAGGGACUGUUCAACAAAGUGAUGCAAACAUCUGCCCAUCGCAGCACCCCCACCCCGCACCUCCCCUCCCUACUCAAAGAAGUAUUUGAUCUAUGAGAAUGGACACUGGACACCUACUUCAACUCUUGUCUCUUUGCAGUUUUUGGCCUUGGACACAGGCCCGUUAACUCUCAGCUCAAUAUUCUGCUGACUUUGUGUUUAUUGUUCAGGUAUGCACCACUCUAUAACUAAUGCCAUUGAGUAAGGUGUAAAUAUAGGUGGUUGGGAAUACGGAAUCCCACCUGUGACUGCCUCCCUGAAUUGUACAGUGUGUCCUCACUGUCACUGCUGUAGCUGCUUUUGUACAAACUGAUUUUCCAAUUUAUUUUGAAGGAGCACAACUAGUUACUGUAAUUGAUCAUAAAUACUCAAGACACGUCCGAACAUGUAUCUAACCACAGUGACCUCACUUUGAGAGGAUAAACUCCAUGUCUCUAGUUCAAUACUCACCUCCCUAUGGAUCUAGGCCUUGCUGAAAACCCUGAUUUAUUUUCAAGGCGUUGCCUGGUUGGGAUGCAAUUAAAUGUAACAUUGCGUGAAAUUACAUUUUCUUUAAUCAGUGAUUGGACCUGAAUACUUUCAGUAAGUUUGCUCUUUAUCCAAUGUAUUUAUGCUCUUGAUUAUUAAAUGUUCUAACAAGU